CGGCGGGGCCGGGCGCAUCCCGCGGCGGUGGCGGAGGCGGGCGCAAGAUGAUGAAGUUUCGGUUCCGGCGGCAGGGCGCCGACCCGCAGCGCGAGAAGCUCAAGCAGGAGCUCUUUGCCUUCCACAAGACUGUGGAGCAUGGCUUCCCCAAUCAGCCCAGUGCCUUGGCCUUCGACCCUGAGCUCCGCAUCAUGGCCAUCGGCACCAGGUCUGGGGCCGUCAAGAUCUAUGGUGCACCCGGAGUGGAAUUUACAGGCCUACAUCGGGACGCGGCUACCGUCACCCAGAUGCAUUUCCUCCCUGGUCAGGGCCGCCUCCUGACCCUGCUAGAUGACAGCAGCUUGCAUCUCUGGGAGAUCAUCCAUCAUAAUGGCUGUGCCCACCUGGAGGAAGGCCUCAGCUUCCACCCACCCAGCAGACCCAGUUUUGACAAUGCCAGUUUCCCUGCCAGUCUAACACGUGUCACUGUGGUCCUGCUCGUAGCUGGCAAUACAGCAGCCCUGGGAACCGAGAGUGGUAGCAUAUUCUUCCUGGAUGUAGCCACCCUGGCACUGCUGGAGGGGCAGACUCUCAGCCCAGAUGUUGUUCUGCGCAGUGUGCCAGAUGACUACCGGUGUGGAAAGGCCUUGGGCCCUGUGGAGUCACUCCAGGGACAUCUGCAAGACCCCAGCAAGAUCCUCAUAGGCUACAGUCGGGGCUUACUGGUCAUCUGGAGCCAGGCCACACAGUCUGUGGACAACGUUUUCCUAGGUAACCAGCAGCUGGAGAGCCUGUGUUGGGGCCGUGAUGGCAGCAGCAUUAUCAGCUCACACAGUGAUGGCAGCUAUGCCAUCUGGUCCACAGACACUGGCAGCCCCCCAACGCUGCAGCCCACUGUAGUGACCACACCCUACGGCCCCUUCCCCUGCAAGGCCAUCAACAAGAUUCUGUGGCGGAGCUGUGAGUCAGGAGACCACUUUAUCAUCUUCAGUGGUGGCAUGCCUCGAGCCAGCUAUGGUGACCGCCACUGUGUGAGUGUACUGCGAGCAGAGACACUGGUGACCCUGGACUUCACCUCCCGUGUCAUUGACUUCUUCACGGUGCACAGCACACAGCCAGAGGAUGAGUGUGAUAACCCCCAGGCCCUAGCCGUGCUUCUGGAGGAGGAGCUGGUAGUGCUGGACCUGCAGACACCAGGCUGGCCAGCUGUGCCCGCCCCUUACCUGGCCCCACUGCAUUCGUCAGCUAUCACCUGCUCUGCCCAUGUUGCCAAUGUCCCCAGCAAGCUGUGGGCCCGCAUUGUAAGUGCUGGUGAGCAGCAGAGCCCACAGCCUGCCUCUAGUGCCUUGAGUUGGCCCAUUACCGGGGGCCGGAACUUGGCCCAGGAACCCUCGCAGCGUGGGCUGCUGCUCACCGGCCAUGAGGAUGGCACUGUGCGGUUCUGGGACGCCUCUGGUGUGGCGCUAAGGCCACUCUACAAACUGAGCACAGCUGGCCUCUUCCAGACGGACUGUGAACAUGCUGACAGCCUGGCCCAGGCUGUGGAGGAUGACUGGCCGCCCUUCCGCAAGGUGGGCUGCUUUGAUCCCUACAGUGAUGACCCCCGGCUAGGAAUCCAGAAGGUUGCGCUUUGCAAGUACACAGCCCAGAUGGUGGUAGCUGGCACUGCAGGCCAGGUGCUGGUGCUGGAGCUCAGUGAGGUCCCAGCAGAGCAUGCCGUCAGUGUGGCCAACGUGGAUCUACUUCAGGAUCGCGAGGGCUUCACGUGGAAGGGUCACGAGCGGCUGAACCCACACACGGGGCUGCUGCCAUGGCCUGCCGGAUUCCAGCCCCGCAUGUUGAUACAGUGCCUCCCACCCGCUGCUGUCACUGCUGUCACACUCCAUGCUGAGUGGAGCCUCGUGGCCUUUGGUACCAGUCAUGGCUUUGGCCUUUUUGACUACCAGCGCAAGAGCCCUGUGCUGGCUAGGUGCACCCUUCACCCCAAUGACUCUUUGGCCAUGGAGGGGCCACUGUCACGAGUGAAGUCCCUCAAGAAGUCACUGCGACAGUCAUUCCGGCGAAUCCGCAAGAGCCGUGUCUCAGGCAAAAAACGGACUCCUGCUGCCAGUAGCAAGUUGCAGGAGGCCAAUGCCCAGCUGGCCGAGCAGACUUGCCCACACGACCUGGAGAUGACACCCGUGCAGCGCCGCAUUGAGCCUCGGUCUGCUGACGACUCGCUCUCUGGUGUUGUACGCUGCCUCUACUUCGCUGACACGUUCCUUCGAGAUGCGACCCACCACGGGCCCACCAUGUGGGCCGGCACCAACUCGGGCUCUGUGUUCGCCUAUGCGCUGGAGGUUCCAGCAGCCGCAGCAGGUGGAGAGAAGCGGCCUGAGCAGGCAGUGGAGGCUGUGCUGGGCAAGGAGGUGCAGCUAAUGCACCGAGCACCUGUGGUGGCCAUUGCUGUGCUGGAUGGUCGUGGCCGGCCGCUGCCUGAGCCCUACGAGGCUUCCCGGGACCUGGCCCAGGCGCCAGACAUGCAAGGCGGCCAUGCUGUGCUCAUUGCGUCUGAGGAACAAUUCAAGGUGUUCACACUACCCAAGGUGAGUGCUAAGACUAAAUUCAAGCUGACAGCCCAUGAAGGCUGUCGUGUGCGGAAGGUAGCCCUGGCUACAUUUGCCAGUGUGAUGUCUGAGGACUAUGCCGAGACCUGCCUUGCCUGCCUCACCAACCUGGGUGAUGUCCAUGUCUUCUCGGUGCCUGGCCUGAGGCCUCAGGUGCACUACUCCUGUAUCCGGAAGGAGGACAUCAGUGGCAUCGCUUCCUGUGUCUUCACACGUCACGGCCAGGGCUUUUACUUGAUUUCUCCAUCGGAAUUUGAGCGCUUCUCACUGAGUGCUCGCAACAUCACGGAACCACUCUGUUCUCUGGAUAUAAGCUGGCCCCAAAAUGCCACCCAGCCCAGGCUUCAAGAGUCACCCAAGCUGAGCCAGGCUAAUGGGACCAGAGACAUCAUUCUGGCCCCAGAGAGCUGCGAAGGAAGCCCUAACUCUGCCCACAGCAAGCGAGCUGAUACCAUGGAACCACCCGAGGCCACUCUCUCGCCUGUGUCCAUUGAUUCAGCUGCUAGUGGGGAUACCAUGCUGGACACGACAGGGGAUGUCACCGUGGAAUAUGUGAAGGAUUUUCUGGGCUCUCCUGAGGACUCUGAGAAGAACCUACGGAACCUGGAGGCAGAUGAUGCCUGUCGGGCCUACACCCUUCUGAUUAAAUGAGGUGCUGUGGGGCAGCCUGGCCUUACCACACAGCAGCUGCCAUCCCUCACUCCAGCUGGAACCCUACAGGCUUCUCUAAUGGUGUCAUUCCUCGAAGCCUCGCUGCCUUCCUCUGGCUGUCAGGCAUAGAGGAUCCACAGUCAUGAAAGGGCCUGGCCUGGCAGCACUGAAAUCCUGUGCAUUUAGAGGCCACCUCUGACCCUGUGGGUGUAGGAGUUGAUGCUUAUCCAGUCCACAGAGCCCAUUUCACAGGAGAGUCACUGAGGCUGAUAGGUCCUGCCUAUUGAGCCAGCACAUGGACCCAGCCUAGCUGGAGACUGGAGCUCUCUGGACCUUAGUAGCUAGUGCCUCUGCAGCCUACACUGGGCAUAGAUAACUAACCAGGCCCCCUAGCUCCCCAGCAAGCCCAUCUCGGGCCGUCACUGAAAGGGGCUGCCUACCCUGCAGGCAGGAAUGACCUGGGUUUGCUCCCCCCUAGUCGUCACCAUCUGUCGGUCUUGCCUCGCCCCUUAACACGGGCCCGUCUGACUGAUGCUGGGCCCUGAACACAUCCCAGCCUCAAGCUCAGCCGGAGGGGUGCGAGCAUCCUUUUGCACUCCAUACUGUACUUCCUUUCUCCUCAAGCAGAGUAUUUUUCUAACGCCUGGACUGAGCUGGCCAGUCAUUUCUAAAGCAGUUUUGGUACUUGCUCCUGGCCUAUGUGUAUUGUGGGCUCCCGUGACUAGAGACUGCUGGGCGUCAUGACUGAAGUCAGUCAGAGGUGUGUUUGUGCGUGUGUGUGCACGUGUGUGUGCGGCAGUGAGGAUGGGCUUCCCUGUAGAUGCCACCUUCGGCUUUUCUUUUUUAAAAACUAGUUGUUUUAAUAUUAAAAGUACUGAU